CUGAUGACGCGACUUUUCGCUCCUUCCUAAGCAGCCAGAGUAAAAAUGGCGGAUGGGCGGCCUAUCGUGUGAUUGUAAAACAUUUGCUAAUGAAUAAGAAACAAACACAGCUGAUUUAAUGUUUAGGUGUCAGAUGUGGAGAAGUCGGUUUGCUGUUCGUGUAACAAUUUUCUGCGUUUCAGACAAAGUUGCGGACCAUUAACCAUCGCAGAACAAGUACAGCAGUCCUUGUGCAAAACGGGGGUAAGUGAUAAGGGAGAGGACCAGUACAGCAUCACACAAGACCUUCCGAUCACAGGCACCUGUAAACUGUUGAGCAGCCAUCUUCAAAGAUGACUGACUAUAUGACAAGAGGGUUCAGGGCCCAGCUGACCACUGCAAUGGACUCAGUCCUGAGGAAAGCUGUGAUUGAAAUAAUGCAGAUCUUUGAGAACAGCCUACAUGACCAUCAAAUGGAGCUGGCACAGAAAGGAGAAGAGGUUGCUCAUCUUAAGAUAAAGUUACAGGCAGCGGAGAUCAAGCUGAGUGAACAUGAGCGUGGAGGUGACAGAGCAGUGGAGGUCAAUAUAACUCCAGUGAAUGAAACUCAAAUAGAAUCUGAAGUUGUUCUGAACCCCUCUGGACAAAGUUCUGAUGUUCCUGAGAUUGACUUUGAAGUGCCUGAUGACUGGUGUGCUCCCCUGGGCUGUGAACCUGUGACCAAGCAAGAAGAUGGUGUGUGUCCCAGUGUAAGACUGCGCAGACUGUCGAUUCCUCUGUGGCCUCUUCCAAUCAUCAAGCAGGAGGCGGCUAUCUGUGACAUUGAUUCCCACCAGCAAACAAAGGGUGUCAGGAGAUGGAGGAGAGGUUCUGCAUUAAAUGAGAGGCACAAACACACUCAAAAAAAAAUCUUACGAUCUCGACGUAAUCCAGUAAGAAACGACAUGCAAAAAUUGCUCCAAGACAUCAAACAGGAAUAUUCUGACCAAACAGUCAGUCUAGGUAUUAGAAGAAGAAGGGGAAAUUUAACAGGAAAAGAGCAAGAAAAUACAGUGAAGAGCAGAAGAAAGGAAAGAAAAGUUGCAGUAGCUAAGUCUGCAGAACAGGAGACAGCAGAGAAUAACAGUGAGAAGAAGUAUACCUGCAAGUUCUGUAAGAAGGUAUUUGACACAAUGUUUGGCCGAAGCGUUCACAUACGAUCACACAAGCGAUGCAGAGGUUGCAAAAAAGAGUUCCCUUUCCCAAGUUCUCUCAGGUGUCACAAAUCAUCUUGUGUAAAACUUAAGAGAUUGUUGGCAAAGGAAGCACCAUGCAGUAACCCUCCAAAAGCUGAGCCCUGUGGUGAUGAAAACCAGACUCUACCGAGCAAGAAACAGGUGAUCAUUAAGAAGGAGAAUUCACCUUCUCCUCGCAGUGAAUGCCCUGUUCAGAAAGAUGGAUCCACCAAAAAGUACCCCUGUCCAUUCUGCAGCAAGACAUUUCGCUUGCGCUGCAGUAUGAAGGACCAUGUGCGUCUUCACACCGGCGAAAAACCGUUUCUUUGCAGCAUGUGCCCAAAGAAAUUCCGCCUUAAUCAGUUACUCAAAAAUCACACACUGAGAAUGCACAACAACCAAAUAGAUUCCAGUGAGACAAAUGGAGACCUCGCAUGGACCAAGCCUUUAGAGGACACUGAAGAUAAUCGACAGCAUCUGAAUUCUCCCAGGAAAGGCAGACGUAACAAAGUUCAGAGAGGUUGCAGUCCGGACAGGAAGCGGAGUGAGAGAUGGCAAACAAUGGGCAUACGAUGCUCUAACGGUUUCAGCUGUUUAUGGUGUCAUAAGGUCACAAGCAAUAAACGCCUGUUGAUCGAACACUAUCGCAUCCACACAGGAGAGAGGCCUAUCAAAUGUAACAAGUGUUCUGCAAAGUUUCGUACUUGUCAACAGCUUUACUUGCACAAAAAAAAAUGCCAUUAUCCUGUGACGGUGAUCCAUUGUGACAAGUGUGAGAAGGAAUUCCAAUCACAAGCAAAGUAUGAUAAGCAUGUGUCAGAUUGUAGGAAGGACUGGCCUCUGGUCUGCAAAGAUUGUGGAAAAGGCUACUUGACUGAAGGUCACCUCAGGAACCACAUGGAGCGUUAUCACAACUAGGCCAGUAUACAGUUAGCAUCACCCAUCUGUGGACAUUGAAACACUGGAUAUUGUCAUUUAUGUUCUUACAGAUUGAUGUUGGGAUUUUCUCUGCAUUCAACAUUUUUCAGGUGGUUUAAGUUAAGCUUUGUAUUUGUUUUUAUUAUUUUAAGUUAAUUACAUAAUUCAUAACAGUAUUCCCAGCUCUGUCAGAUAUUACAACAAUAGCCUACUGCACAGUAAAACCAGUAAUAAAAAAUCUUGUGCCAUUAUGGAUAUCUCCAAAUGGCAAGUCAGCAAGAUAUGAUUUUGAUGGCAAAUUGUCCAAAUACAUGUAGCACUGUGGAAAAUGGAUUACCACAGACUGAAUGCUGCAGAUCUUUUGAUACCGAUUUAUGUUGUUUAACCUCACACUUACUGUGUCGUUUCAGUCUUAAGUAAGACCCCAGAGGUAAAACCUCAGUGUCUGCGUCCAUGUCUGGAGAGGACCAGUCCACUACCAAGUACUCUUGUUCUAUCAUCAUCAUUUGUUACUUGUUUUAAAGAUUAAGCCAGAUUUUUAUUUAACAACACUAUGGAAAGGUUCACCAACAAUGUCAAAUACAGUUUGUACAGCGGUGGGUGAUGGAUAGAACCUAUCACAGUAAAUGUAAUUUAAAUUCUGAUAAGGAUACAUAAUUCUAUCAAGAAAUUUGAUUAAGAAAGAAGUUAUAGAAAAAGUAACGGGAUGGAAAUAAGUUUUUUGCUGAUUCAGUGAACAUCUGUCAAAGCAAGGCACUUUAUCAAAUUGAUGCAAACCUCAUGGAAAACCAAUAUUGCCUUAAAAAGACCUGCUUUUUGACAUCUUUAUUGGCUGCUUUGGCUGUAUUUACAGAGUAUAAAUGUUCAGUUAUCUGUACUGUUCUCCUUAAUCACAGGUUACAGUGUUUGGUAUAAAGUAUACAAGUUAUUGCAGAAUUUGAGAAACUGCAUUACUCAAACAUUCUGUCUGAUCAUCCCAGACUGUCUGGUGUUUGUGCUUGGUGGUGGACCCAGCUUUGUGAUGACAGCUGUAUUGCUUUGACCAAAUGUACCUUGUUCUUGUUGUUUGACAGGUAUCAGACGAAUAUGACAUUGUUGAGGAUUUAAAUUUAGGUUGUUAUUUCCUCUGAUGCUUGAGUUUGGAAACAAGCCAGAACAAAAGUAGACAUAAUUUACUUUUUAACAGUUCCAAAAUUUGAUUUCUUUUUUCUUAUUGUUUUUCAUUGAUCCAGUUGUUGUACUAACCAGUAGUAGUAGUAGUUAUCGUCAUCUAACAAGCCUAUUCUAUUUUUCAUUAAUAAAAGGGGUUAUAAUAGUGUUGCUAGUUUCAGACAUUGUCAACAUUACCCCAAUAAAACCACACUCUUGCGUAUUUUUGAGUAAUAAUGAGUGAGUUUUUUCUCCAGUUUUAGUAGUAUGCAUUUUACAGCAAGUAAUUGUGCAGUACAGCCUCGUUAUUGAAGAUUUAAUAGAUUAUACCUGGGGCUGUAUCUAUAUAAUGUUAUACAUUUAUUUUGGAUCCUUUGUAUUUUUUUAAUCUGGAGUCUGGAUCCUUCAGCUUCCUUAUCGCGAGACUUAAAACACGAUCACGUCACAGACUCCAACAACCUGCUAGCUGGAUGGCGAGUCAACGCAUCUUUGAUUGUGAAGUGUUUUCAUGGAUUUGGUGCUAACUUAAGAAAAUAUUUAGCCACCGAGUUUCAGGAGCCGUUGUCGUCCCGCGUCUCCAGCUGUUUCCAUGGCAUUUACACGGUUAACGUGAAUACUAGCUUAAACAGACCAGAGCUGGCUACGCUUCGUUGGGUCCCUUGUUUACACGUUAGCUAGAGGUAAUGUUAGCAGCUAGCAUACAGCAAAACACUGACUUCAUUACUCAUUUACCACUGUUUUUUUUAAAGCUAGCCAGAAGUUGACUAGGUUUAUAUGUUUAUACUAUGCAAACUCACUCUCUGCGUUACACCGCAUUGCUUGUCAUCUCUGUAAAUAGCAGUACCGUUAGCUUACAAAAUAAAACAGAUUGCAUUUACAUCGUAGCUUUAUUGAUAUCGCUGGAAACGCCACAAAGGCCGAUUAUCAAGGGAUAUUUAAACGCAUACAACAGAUUUGGUCGUAAAAACAAAUUGCUGCGAUCAGUGGCGGUUAGAAAUGCCGUAGCUACAUAGCAUGGCAGCAUCUCAUGGCAGCUCAUAGACACCAGGGCAGAGGAGUAUACAGUGGUAGUCACAUCGUUUCCCAGCUGCCUCUUGAGGCCAGCCACAGAAGAAAACAGCGGUGUGAAUCAACCGUAGACAUAAAAAUAACAUCUCCGAAACAAAGGACAAUGGAGUCUGUGAGGAGUGCUUUCCACGCUCAGCUGGCCACCGUCAUGGACUCGCUGCUGGCAGCCGCUGUGUGCGAGAUCGCCAAGAUCUUUGAGAGCAGCCUGUGUGAACAGCAGGCGGAGCUGGUGCAGAAAACAGAGGAGGUCUCCAUCCUCCGGGGCAAGCUGGAGAAAGUGGAGAGGAGGCAGAAGGCGAGGAGCGGAGGGAGCGAGGAAGGGGAGAUGUCAUCUGGAGACAGAGAGGGCAGCUUGAGGCAGCAGACCCUGACGGGAUCAGGACUGAGUGUGGGAAAAGAUGUGUCUUCUCAUGAAGACCCAGUGGAAAGACUCAGUCAGAGCCUCAGUGGGCUGAAAGAGGAGGUCACAGGCCAAGAUGGAGCUUCAGUAAAACAUGAGCGCGCGGGAUCACGGCCUACCGUAGGGUCUGUCGCAGUUCAAGCUGCAGAGGGAAGCCUUGCUGCUGGGGACCAGAGGCAGAUAGAUACCCUGUCUGCCACACAAGCCAAGGCCAAAUUGUCUCAUUGGGAUCAAGGAAGCCGCAGUACAGACCACAGACCCCUCCAGGAUCAAGCCUCCACCCCUUUUCUGUCCAUCUCCCAGAGUGGACGUUGCUCCCCUAGGCCCGACCCAAGCUUAGCUCAACCAGGGGAGUGGUUACCAGGGUUGGAUGCCGCUCGAGGUGGGGUGUCUGGUCUGGAGACUCUGCAGGCAGAUGGCACCAGCUGCUCUGGUCCUGCUAGCAGCAGCACCGGCACAGAUGCACCCUGUUUCCGACCUGGUUUUGGCUCUGACGAGACCAGCAAUGAAGAUGACGAUAGUUCCUUCCCAUUCCUAGACCAGGAGCCUGAGAACCAGAACUCAAAUCAGAACUCAGUGCAGGGCCAGGGCCUCGGGCAGAGGGGGGCUCGGCAGGAUCAACCCCAAGCACCUUCGGGCGAAUCACCAUGGAGACCCAGAGACGACAGGGGUGGGAGAGGCCCCAUAAAUCAUACACGGCGGGUCACAACAUUUGGCAACAGAGACCCUCUGCGACCACAGUCCAAUUCACAGUCGCUCACGCUGCGGCACACAAACACCCUCAGCCACCCUCCAGCUCCUGGCGGAGGGAACGGACGGCCUUACACCUGCCCAUACUGUGCCAAGUGUUUUACCUACCCCUCUCAUCAGCGCAGACACCUUUUACGCCACACAGGAGUCAGACUGCACCCCUGUCAGUUUUGUGACAAGAGCUUCCUCACUCCCUCUGAGCUUACUGUACACACUCGCACACAUACAGGGGAGCGGCCUUUUGGCUGUGCUCAGUGUGGGAAGCGUUUUGCCCGCAGCGGGAACUUGAGAGCCCACCAACGGGAUGUUCACAUGGGAAAGAGGCCCUUUGCUUGCACAGAGUGUGGGAAGAGAUUUGCCCACAGGGGGAACCUGAGGGUGCACAAUCACAGAGUCCACCAAGGAGAUCCCUACUACAUGGAAGAUCAGCAGGAGCCUGACAUAGGCCCUAAUCCCAUUUGAAAAGAUUUUAAAAUGAUGGUUCUGCACUUGAAUUUUGUUUGCAAAAUAAACCCUAGGAACUUUUUUCAGAGCUAACUAUUGUGUUCCACCUAAACUUAUUUCUGAACUCCUUAAACAUUCUGAAAGUAUUUAAGUUUUUUAAAUUAACCCCCAUCAUUUUUUUGUUAUUACUGAAGUACAAGUAAGUACAUUUUUAUCUGAGUGUCUUAAUUUUAUUUUCAAUUUUAUUUUCAGUGUUGGAAAUAUGGGUCACUUUAAAAGGGAGAGCUUUGUAUUUAACUGUAUUGUAAAUGUGAAUACAAAUAAGAAAUAUUGGCUGUUGUUCUUAAAAAAAAAAAAAAAAAGACAUCUUCUCCAGGAUGACCCUGACUGAACAAAUCUGAGUACCAUUUCAUUACUUGAGGUGAAAGAACUACAAAAUGAUGUUUUGAUAAAGCCAGUAAAGAAAGUCUAGUUGAUAUUAGCUUUAGACAUGUGGCAUGCAGAGGUAGAAUAGCACGUCUCUUCUUUCAAAAUUGUGCUUAUCUACUGCCCAUCUCCUCAAAAUUGUAUUUACACUGUGCUUUAAAAUAGAAACAUUAUUGCAACAAGUACAUAACUGUGUUGAUCAAGACAACAUGUGCUUUUAUUUUCCAUCCUGUUUUUGCAAAGUGAAAUUAAAUAAUAUACUCGUGUACAAGCUAUUUGUCCUCCUCAGUCUGAAACAUUAAUUCAUUGUAUAGGUACAAAGUAAUGUUGAUGCACCAUUAUUUGCCAGACACCAGGGGGCAGUGUGAAAAUACAAAAGAUUCACAGUAAUAGUUUUGGACAGCAUUGCAAAUAGAUUAUUGAUAGAAGUGUUGCUCUCAGCAUGUUUUACCAUGUGCCCUACAUUUUCAGAUUUUCCCCUGAUGUAUGCACUUGUGUCAUAGUACCAUUUCUCUAAUGGAGUCAGUGUGUAAGCAUGUGCUUAGAAGGCAAAAUCAAAAUGUGAGUGUAAGAAUCCUUGCUUAAUUUCUCUCCUGCAGUUUGGCUUUUAUGGAAGUGUGUGUGAAAGCAUGGGUAGUUUCAUCAAUCACCUUUAACAGUACAAUGACAUUUUUACAUCACUCUGUCUUCCCUUAAAUAUGGGUUCACAUAUUUUCAAGUCUGUCGUAAAACAAAUACUCACAUGCACUCUUGUAUGUCAAGUCAUCAGUCCUUGCAGUUGUUCAUCCUCUCCACAUCAGCCCUGAAACAUUACUUUCUAAUGUAAAUCAUUGUAAACAGAACAAAAAGCCAAAAUGUUUUUGUUGUGUUAAAAAAUAAAGUUUAGCUGAAGCUAACGUCUGGCUUCAGCAGCCAAAGUCA